UAUAAUAAACUCAUAUUCUUCGUGUCUAUACUUUUUCGUGCACACACGGCCGAGACCAGCUCAGCCAGCAAGUCUAUAAGAGCGUGAGUCUUGAGUGCUAAUCACUCGUCAUCCGGUCACUGGACGCGCAAUCCCUGCGGACAAUCUGGCACACGACGAAUUGGGAAUGCGCUUAAUUCAAGCAUAAGGUUUGCCGGCCAACUCUAGCCCCUGGGCUGGUACGAACCUAGUAGUAUAAUGAAACCGCCACAGAUCGAAAUUCAGUGGAUAGUCUUCGGAUACUUUCACGUGGCAAAUGGUGCUUCUUCCAUAUAGUUCGCGGUUGAUUCUUUUUAUAUCCGUACACCCGAACAUUUCAAUGCACACGAAAAAAUAAAGCAAUUCGCAAUAGACAUUGCACAUAGCGUGUGUUUGUUCGACAGAAAUCCGCACUCAAAUUUGGAAAAUUUAAACCCACAUGUGAACUUGCGAUGAUUAAUAUUAAGGAUCACACCUAGCAAUGUUGUUGAUUUGCUUAGUUGUGAUAGCUUUUUAAUUGGGUAUGUCCUCUUUUUCCGACAUCGGGUGCGUGGAAUAUAGCUCCUGACCUGUACUUUUUUUCCCGCUUGGCACUAUUAAUAUACCCGUGUCCGCAGGAGCCAUAAUUUAAAGACACACUGUAUUAGAGGUGAGACUGCGCAUAUGUUUCGUAACAAGGGCGAUUUCCGUCUCGAAUGGUAUUGCUAUUCCUAAACCCUUGGUCCUCCAACAUGUAGUUGCAUUUGGUUUACUAGGCGAUUAACUAGAAGGAUCUGCCAGUUUUUAAUUUCUCAUUUUAUUUCGCGGACAGUUUCUCUGAUUCUAUAUUAACUCUAGCCUUUCAAAUAGGGGACUAAACAUGGAGAUAAAAGUUGACGAGUUGUAUAAUUCUGUUGAAGUUAUUUUUUAUUGCAUAAAACUUGGGAGGAUUUGUAUUUCGAAAGGCCAUAUUUCGUCAACAGUCUUGUUUUUUCGGGGGAUUCUGAGAUGGCGUCUAGAUGGCGUUCCAUAUAUUUGCAAAUGGGCGUGGCAAAUAAAAUGUGGAAUGAAGUAGAUUAGUCGAAGUACAGAUGUCGCUACCAACUACGAAACGAAGCAGACAGCAUUAUAAUAGUUACAGCUGUCAAGUGUUGGCAUUUAACAUCAAGCUGAGAUUUAACGAGCAAGCUCAUAGAAUUUCUCAAAAGAGCUUGUAAUCUUGAUUUUCAGUUAUUUAACUACAAUUCACUUUAUUUUUAGUUAUUUUUUUAGUUAUCAUUCAUAUAAAAGCUAUUUAGGUUUUUCACCUCCGCUGACAUGCCGUGCUGGUACUACGAAAAGAAAGAUCUGAAAAGGGAGACUCCUUCUAUUCACGAUGGCAUCGAUUUUGAAACGGAGUCUCGCUACCGGAAAGAAGGAGCACGUUUUAUUAUUGAUACUGGAACAAAAAUGGGACUUCGUUAUGACACAAUGGCAACUGGAGUGGUUUACUUCCAUCGAUUCUACAUGUUUCACUCUUUCAAAGAGUUUCCUCGAUAUGUCACUGCAUGCUGCUGUCUGUUCCUUGCUGGCAAAGUUGAAGAAACACCCAAAAAGUGCAAAGACAUUAUUAAAGUUGCAAAAGCGUCAUUGUCAGAAGCGCAGUUUCAACAAUUUGGUGAAGAUGCCAAGGAAGAGGUAAUGACACUUGAAAGAAUUUUACUGCAGACCAUAAGAUUUGACCUUCAAGUUGAACAUCCAUACGGUUACCUUAUAAAGUAUGCCAAAUCCCUUAAAGGAGAUAAAUCCAAACUUCAAAAAAUGGUGCAGAUGGCAUGGACAUUUGUUAAUGAUAGCUUAUGCACCACAUUAUGUUUACAAUGGGAACCAGAAGUGAUUGCCAUCGCUCUCAUGUAUUUGGCUGGGAAAUUAAGUAAAUUUGAAAUAACGGAUUGGAGCGGUAGACAGCCACGGCAUAUACGAUGGUGGGAUAUGUUUGUAGAGGACAUCAGUUUAGAAAUACUGGAAGAUAUCUGUCACCAAGUAUUAGAUUUAUAUUCCCAACAGCCUGCACGAUCAGAUUCCCCUCAAGGGAACGCGGGACUCGUUCCGACGAAAGUACAGCCUGUUUUACCAAUUACGACUCCCACGAAGCCAGUUAGUGGGCGUAGCGCUGGAGGAUUCGAUCAACGAUUAGACGCUAUGCAACCUAAAGUCGAAGUAGCUGCGGCAGCGGGAUACGUGAAUUACGCAAUGGGGGUCACCAAUACUAAUUCUUUACCUGUUGGCGUUCCACCCAACAUAAACGUGGCUCCGCCUAUCAAUGUGCCUCAUCCACUUCCACCACCACCAGUCGGACAUUCGUUUCCAUAUCCAGGUUAUCCUAUGAUACCUCCUACAGCGAAUCCCCCUGUUCCUCCGACUCCACCACAAGUUUACCCUCCUCCGCUUCCGCCAACGCAAUCAGCUCCCUUUUACCCAACAUAUCCUUCUUUCCCUGGGCAAGUGUAUCCUCCUACGCCAACUUCAUCACAACCACUUCCUCCUCCGCCUCGCCCAUAUUAAAAGUUUGAAAUAUAACUUUAGGUCUUA